CCACUAUAAUGGAAUCUAUCAGGGAAUGACGGCGGAAUUUCUGAAGUACAUGGAGGUUACCUGAGCAGACCUACUUACCGAAGCACCAAAAAAUUUCCCUUCUUGUCUUGUGACUGAUAUUGGGCAAGGGUCACAGUCAGUCAGUAUGGCUUCGUCGCUAGAAUACUCCGCAGAGCAACUGAACUACUACAGGAUCUGCUAUCUAGUCACUGAUAUCCUAACUGAGGGUCUACGAAAGAUCUUCAAGCAAGAAUGGGACAAUCGCUACAAAAUAACAUAAGGAGAAUGGAAAGAUAAUCAUAAAAAUGGACUGGACUUUUGGAACGGCGAGUCUCCCUCUGCGUGGGUUAAAAGAGCCGAUCUUUUAACCACCAUGAAAAACGGUGACAGAGCUGAUUGGGAUUGUCCCAUGCUUUUUUUUGUGCUAUUCUUUAUUCAAAUUGCCUGAACAGUCUCUCUCCAGUAGUUCGGUCUCAUGUGAAUAAUCUCAGAAUUUUUCGCGAUAGAGAAUUUGCACACAUGCCUCGAGGAAAAAUCUCCGACCUAGACUUCAAAAGUUCCAUCUCAAAGGUAUACACAACAUUCCAAGCACUUGGGCUUGGUAGUUUGGCUUCAAAAAUUCAGACCGUCGAACACCAGACAGGUUUCCCAACAAAGGAGUUAAACGCUGUCUCAAAGAAGGUUGACGAUCUGGAGCAAGAGCUUCGUGAAACGAAAACACAACUUCAAGAAAAAGAGAACAAUCUUCAACAGAAAGGAAGGGAGCUUCAAGACAAAGAAGAACAACGACAGGUGCUUGAAAAUCAGUUCAAUACUGAUGUCUCACCAUUUUGCAUUCUUCCCUCUAAACCUACACACGACGUUGAACCAAGACGUAAAGAGGUUGCAGAAAUUACACAACAGCUCAAAGCUCUCAAGAGCGAAAACAAUGACGGCUUAAGCACCCUGCAUAUAUCAGGAAACCCUGGAAGUGGAAAAUCUCAGCUUGCUCGUCUGGCAGCCGAGCGAUUCUAUGACGAAGUCCAACACAGUUCAUCGGCUACUUCAUUUGUCAUGACGCUAAAUGCAGAAAAUUCACAAACUCUUUUGGAAUCGUAUGUCUCUUUCGCUCGACAUUGCAACUGUCCGGAGUAUACUGAAACAAACACCUUCGGCUCCAAAAAUUUGAGCACAGAUGAGAAGAUUGCGAGUCUGAAGACAUUAAUUAGCAUAAAAGUAAAUCUUUACUCGUCGUGGCUGCUAGUGGUUGAUAAUGUCCUUAGCUUAUCACAAAUAGAUUUUGAUUUGCGAGAGUUUAAAGAUAAGAACUAG